AGAGCUCAGUUGGAAUCAAAACAGCAGGUCUCAGGUCUGCGCACAGCUUUUACAACGAAUCUGAAUCUCCACUUCUCUCUCGCUCUUCAUUUUUAAACGCUGCAGUGAAAAAUUAACAGGCAUGGAUUCAAGAGGCAUCACGCAGUUGAACCAAUAGCAGCACAAUAUCGAUGGCUGCCCAGACAACAGUAGGACCCCAGUGGAUUUUUUAGCAUUCAUAUUUUAAAAGGACCAACCCCAAAUUUAAGAUGAGGAAAAGCUUUGUCCCUGAUUUCGUUUCUGAAGCUUCCAUUAGACUGUUUCUCUUUGGGGUUUUCUUAGUAACAGAAAAGCUACCCGCAUUCCAUAGGGAUAUUCAACCGGAGGAACUGUGGCUGUAUAAAUAUCACCAUGUGGAAGAUGACCAUGUGCCAACAAGUCUUAUGUUUAUUAUUGCCUUUUUUACCCCGUUGGCGGUGAUAAUACUGUUUCAGUUUUUUAAAAAGGCUGAGAAAGGGGACACCAAGGAAGCGUGCUUAGCAGCGACGCUAGCCCUGGUUCUCAAUGGGGUCUUUACCAACACUGUUAAAUUAAUUGUAGGGAGGCCUCGUCCAGAUUUCUUCUACCGCUGCUUCCCUGAUGGACAGAUGAACGCUGAGAUGAGAUGCAGUGGAGACCCAGACACUGUGAUGGAGGGGAGGAAAAGUUUCCCUAGCGGACACUCCUCCUUUGCUUUUGCUGGCCUGGGGUUCGCAGCCUUUUACCUGGCAGGGAAGCUGCACUGCUUUAGCCCACCAGGGAGGGGGAAAGCAUGGAGGCUCUGUGCCUUUCUGAUGCCUCUGAUCUUUGCAGUCAUGAUUGCACUGUCAAGGACCUGCGACUACAAGCAUCACUGGCAAGAUGUGCUGGUUGGUUCAGGGAUAGGACUCCUCUUUUCAUACCUGUGUUACAGGCAACAUUAUCCAGCGUUGACCGACGUUGAAAGCCACAGACCACUGCAUUGUAAAAACAAGUUGCCAGUGACACAAGACAGAAAGAUUUCCAACUCAUUCAUUCAUCCAGUAUAGUGAUCCAACCCAUCCUCUGGGACUGUCGUUUUUAAGCAAUUCAAAAUACUAGUAAACAGCUAGCCGCAAGGUUAUUGAAGGUUGUGGAACAACAUUUAAAAAGCAGUAAUUGUACUCUGAAAGAAGAAGCUGUGUUAAUAAUGUAAGUUCCAAUAGACCAAUAGAUAUAGUUAGAGAAAAAAAAAGUAUUUGGUUUAGCCUAAUGAGUAAGUAGAUUCAAAUAUUCAUUGUGUUUUUUUUUUAUACUGUCCCUUACCUUUUUAUGAUGUUUGUAAUCACUGUGAGAGGUUCAUUUGGCAAUUGCUCAAAGACGAUGCCGUUUUUAUAUAUAAGUGUGUGUAUAGGUGCUUUAAACUGAGUUCAGGAGCAGCUUUCAGUUCUAGUUGCCUGCCAUAGAUAUAUGGAACACAUUCUGGAUCAGCUACAGUGUAUAUAAGUACAGCAAGAGCCAACGCCAUUGAGUCAAGUUUCCUUUUGUUUUGCUGGCUGCACACUGCUCUGUGCUUUGGUUGAUCAAGCCUACAAUACAUAUGUCUAUGGCAACAACAAUAAUAUCUGCAUAUUAUAAACCGACCUAUACAUUAUAAGCAAAGCAGUUAAUUAUUUUCAACAGAAGAAAAAGGGGACCAGUGAUAAUACUGUCAGUGCUAAUAAGAGGAGAGAAUUGAUUUAUUUUCUUAUAGGUAAUAACUUGUAUUAUACCUCACUUUAAAACAGAAUAUAAUAUUUCAAUUCUGUUUGUUGUUGCACAUCAUUUUAAGUAAAAAUACAUAGUCUAGUCUGUCUGUAAAGAUGUAUUUAAAUUGUGUGUUCUGUCUUAUUAAUGUUGUAUAGUAAACCCAAAGUAGAACUGUCUUCGGAUUUAUAAAAGUAACCAACUUUUAAUGAUAUUAUAGAUGGAUUACAAAAAUCUUCAUACCGCAAUUUGUUUUUUAAUUCCUCAGGAACUUCUCAGUUAUAAGUCUGCUAGAUAUUAUUUGCGUCAGUUUUAUAUAAAGUGGCUCUCAAAAGUAUCCACCCCCCUUGGACUUUUCCACAUUUUAUUGUGUUACAAAAUGGAAUCAGAAUGGAUUUAAUUAGGAGUUUUUGCCACUGAUCAACACAAAAUAAGUCCAUAAUGUCAAAGUGAAAAAUAAAAUCUACAAAUUAAUUACAAAUACAAAACAGAAAAUAAUUCAUUGCAUAAGUAUUCACCCCCUUGAGUCAAUAUUUGGUAGAGGCACCUUUGGCAGCAAUUAGUCAUGAGUAUUUGGAUAAGUCUACCAGCUUUGCACAUCUGGACACUGCAUUUUUUGCCCAUUCUUCUUUGCAAAAUUACUCAAGCUCCAUCAAGUUGGAUGGGGACCUUUGGUGAACAGCAAUUUUCAACUCUUUCUACAUAUUCUCAAUUGGACUGAGGUCUGGGCAGAGAAGCAUCCCCAUAGCAUGAUGCUGCCACCACCAUGCUUCACGGUAGGGAUGGUGUUCUCAGGAUGAUGUGCGAUGUUAGGCUUGCGCCAAACAUAGCGCUUAGCGUUGAGGCCAAAAAGCUCUAUUUUGGUCUCAUCAGAUCAUAGAAUCUUCUUCCACUUGGUCUCAGAGUCUCCCACAUGCCUUCUGGCAAACUAGCUGAAAUUUGAUGUGAGUUUUUUUCAACAAUGGCUUUCUUUUUGCCACUCUCCCAUAAAGGCCAAUUUUGUGAAGCACCCGGGCUAUUGUUGCCGUAUGCACGGUGUCUCCCAGCUCUUGGUGGCCUCCCUGACUAGUGCCCUUCUUGCCCGGAUACUCAGUUUUUGAGGACGGCCUGUUUUAGACAGAUUCACAGUUGUGCCAUAUUCUAUCCAUUUCUUAAUAAUGGACUUUACUGUGCUCCGGGGGAUAUUCAAUGCCUUGGAAAUGUUCUUAUAUCCUACCCGUGAUUGGUGCUUUUGAAGAACCUUAUUCUGGAUUUUCUUUGAAUGUUCCUUCAUCUUCAUGAUGUAGUUUUUGUUAGGAAAUGUACUAACCAACUGUGGGACCUCCCAGAGACAGGUGUAUUUAACCUGAAAUCAUGUGAAACACCUUAAUUGCACACAGGUGGACUCCAUUCAACUAAUUAUGUGACUUCUAAAGACAAUUGGUUGCACCAGAGCUUAUUUAGGUGUGUCAUAGCAAAGGGGGUGAAUACUUAUGCAAUCAAUUAUUUUCUGUUUUAUAUUUGUAAUUAAUUUAGAACAAUUUGUAGAUUUUAUUUUUCACUUUGACAUUAUGGAGUUUUUUUGUGUUGAUCAGUGUCAAAAACACCAAAUUAAAUCUAUUUUGAUUCCAUGUUGUAACAUGAAAAUGUGGAAAAGUCCAAGGGGGUUGAAUACUUCUGAGAGCCACUGUAUUUCUUAUAUCUUAUAUAUAAUCAGACAAUCUUCCAGACAUUUUCCCCAGUGGUUUAAUUAUGAUUGCAGUUUUAAGUGUGAAUGCGCUUGCAUAUUUUCUCCUUUCUUUGUGUUUUGUUUUUUGUAUAUUUGAUGAUAUCGUCCAUGGAUAACACGGCUGAUAUUUUGUGUAGAAGUGUCUGAUAGAACAGGAGAAGCUGACAGAAACCUUAUCUGUGUUUCACAUCUUACUUUAGCUCAAAACAUGAUGUUUUUCCUACAGGACCAAUGUAAAAGCCAGCCAAAAAAAAAGAUCAAAUUGAGGACUCCAUAUUCCCGGACAAGGGCUUCGACGCAUAAGAUGGCUUUAGUGAAUCCCUUUGGUGCUGGUAAUAUUGAUCAUUAUAUUUGUUUCACAACUGAGACACACACUCUCGUUCUCAUUGUGGGUUAUAUUGAAGUUUGCCAUCACAAACAGCACGUCUCUAGAGUACGUCUGUGGUUUUACAAAGAAUAUAAAGCCUGUCUUUGCUUGUGGUUUUCAGCAAGGCAUUUGCAGUAGCACCAGUUGCGUAUUAUCAGUUUCUUGUUGUUUAAAAGCACUGAAAGAUACAAACAGGUAAUUAACUAGCUGGUAUUCCAUUGUACAUUCCUUUUUGUUGUUGGCUGAAUAACUUGUUUUGUGAAUAUUCUAAACAGCACAUUGUAGCACUUUCAAUUGAUUUUUGUUUUUCUUGGGACUGUAAUUAUGUGUUUAAACAUUGUCUUUAAGUCUGUUUAUGUGUAAUUCUGAUAACUAUUAUGUUUACAAAAAAAAAAAGUGCUUUAACAAAAACCCUGUGGGGGUAUGAUAGUAUUUACCUUGUCAAAUCCUACACCAUCACUAAGCAAUAUAGAAAGCAUUUUUUGUGUUUCUGUACAGUACAGAAGUCAAAUAUUGGAUUAAAGGGUGAUUUGAUCAACCGUUACCCUAAUACCACACAGGUUCCCUGGUUCUGUAAAAUGCUCUAAGAACUCAGCUGUGUUUUAUCCUGGUGGGGUGUAGGUUUGUCACAUUAUUCCUUUAGUAAAUUAGUCAAAGGUUCUUACACAGUAAAAUACAAUACAGUUUACAAGAUAACUUAACCAUGAAAUAACAAUAAAGCACUGUCU